GUUCUCUGGUUUCGUGGUUCACGCUAAUGCGCCAGUCGGGCGUAUCCCUUCUUGCAGAACAGACAUAUGUAGUCCUGAAAGCAGUACAGUUCGGGUUCAUCGUGAGCAACGGAGUCUCAAUCUUCCCAAACUCAACAGUUGGUAGUGUGGGCAAUGAAGAAUAGUGUGCUCUAGAGCACCGCAGUGACUGCACUGAGGAGAGCCAAUUUGUCUCAAGUGGUAACGCCACUGAGCUGUAAAAGCUGCAUCGACUCGCAUUUGAAUUAGUGCAGCAUCGUGGUGAGAGGUGUGUUGAAGCAUGUGUUGAACAACUCUACAUCAGCAAAGAUGGGGAAAAAAAUGUCGGUUUGUUCAUUGGCUGGGAGCCAGCGGUGUCACAAGGCGUUACAGAAUGGAACGGAUGCGGUGCCGAGGAAAGAAAUGGUGUUGCGUGAAAUCAGCCGGCAGCGUGCGUUACCACAUAAAGUUACGAAUGUCCAACGUUAGCAGAAAGAAAGCACCAAUGGAAUCUCUCGCCAAAAACCUACGCACACUGAAAAGGAAACACAAGCAGUGCCUUCGUGAAAACAAGGCCCUGGCAAAGAGCCUGGCUGCAUCGAAACAGGAGCUCACGGAGCAGUGCAAGGCACUGAAUCGUGAGCGCGAGAUCUUCAGCCUCCACUUGCCCAGGAUCAAGUCAUGGAUGGAAGACAGUGUAGACGCCCUGCGGAAGGUCACUCUGAAUCACAUCAACUCAGUGGAGCUGCUGAGGCACAUCCUGGAUCCAGAUUGCAGCCUCUCCUUCACUCCACUGGAGACCUCAGAAUCAGAGGAGCUUCCAGAGAGGAAGGAUCUUCGGCCUCCAGGUUCCCAUCUUCAGACACAUGCAUCAGUCAUCUAUGAGGAGGAGGAGGACGAAGAACAACAACAACAACAUGAGAAAACUGUUUCUCAGAAAACUGAGAUAAAAAAAGAGCUUCAUGUGCACUUUGAACGGCGGGCACUGGAUAAUGUAACGAAGAGGAACGCUCGGAGUGAAGAAAAGAUUUUGUGCAGACGGUGCUCCAGCCCGCUAACAGGGCCACCAGAUAAAGGGGUGUCUGCGGACAGCCUGGAUCUGCAGAGAACGGAACUGCAGACGCCUGAAGAGAGCUUCUUGGACGUGACACAGGAAGUGCCGACUUCCAGCACCCCCAUCUGUCCCCCAAAACCGUCUCCAAGGAGAAGAUCCGGAAGAAGGCGCGGCAGCAUUGCACCCGGCACGUCUACAUUCCGUUUGAGUUUGGGCAACCGGAGGAGAUCCGAGAGGAUCCAGCAGACGACACCUGCAGAGCCACGUCCCUCCAGGUCCCCACAAAAGUCAGAAGUGCUUGGUGACCAAUCACUCAGGCCGGAGACCCCUUCGGACAUUGAGCAGCCACCUGCUCAUGAACAUCCCCAGGAUGUGGCUCGUGAAGAUCCUCAGGACACGCCUCGUGAUUCAUCGCUGAAUUCCACGGAGAAGCGGUCGAAACGACGGGCAUCCAAGGCGGUCUCUUACACGGAACCCACCUUGAAAAAGAAGCUUCGGCGGCCCUGACCUGUUCCACAUCAAGGAACGUGACACUUUGUGUAUAUUCUGUGUGUAGAUAGGUCUCUACUUUUUUCAUCAAAGGACAAGUCAGUUUAUGUAAAUGACAUGUGUAUGUAACUUUAAUGGUUUUAAUUUUAAUGAUGAACGUUAAUGUUUUUAAUGUGAGUUUGUCAUACUUUUUGCAUCAAAGGACAAGUCAGUUCAUGUAAACAACGUGUGUAUGUAACUUUAGUGGUUUUAAUUUUAAUGAUGAACAUUAAUCUUUUUAAUGUGAGUUUGUCAUACUUUUUGCAUCAAAGGACAAGUCAGUUCAUGUAAAUGACAUGUGUAUGUAACUUUAAUGGUUUUAAUUUUAAUGAUGAACGUUAAUGUUUUUAAUGUGAGUUUGUCAUACUUUUUGCAUCAAAGGACAAGUCAGUUCAUGUAAACAACGUGUGUAUGUAACUUU